CACCUCCCCCUUCACCCCCACCAGCCCCUCAGCAAGCUCCCAGGAGGGCGUCCAGGCCAACCCCGCCGCUGUCUUGCGGCGACUCCCAGCUACGAGUUUUCAGCUACCGAAGGUUGGAUAUCGGACAUGAAUUACUCACGGUUCCUCACGGCCACGAGCGCAGCGAGAAAGCCUUCUGCCAUCCGAAUCAUGACUGAGACAUUGAGCAGGGCACCGAAAUCGGUCAUCUCCUUGGCUACUGGAUCACCAAACCCCAAUACAUUCCCUUUUAAGACUGCUGUUAUCACCGUAGACAAUGGAGAGCCCAUCCAGUUUAAUGAAGAGAUGAUGAAGAGAGCACUUCAGUAUUCUCAGAGUGCUGGAAUCCCCGAGCUGUUGUCCUGGCUAAAACAGUUACAAGUAAAAUUGCAUAAUCCUCCCACCAUCAAUUAUCCAACCAGCCAAGGAAAAAUGGACUUAUGUGUAACAUCUGGCAGCCAAGACGGCCUUUGUAAGGUGUUUGAAAUGAUCAUUAAUCCUGGAGAUAAUGUCCUCCUUAAUGAACCUGUUUACUCAGGAACACUUCAAGCUCUAAUGCCACUGGGCUGCAACAUUAUUAAUGUUUCCAGUGAUGAAUAUGGUAUUAUUCCAGACUCCCUCAAAGAAGUACUUUCCAAAUGGAAACCAGAAGACUCAAAAAACCCCAAGAGAAACACCCCCAAAUUUCUUUACACUGUCCCAAACGGCAACAACCCUACUGGAAACUCAUUAACAACUAACCGCAAGAAGGAAAUCUAUGAGCUUGCAAGAAAAUAUGAUUUCCUCAUAAUAGAAGAUGAUCCUUACUAUUUUCUCCAGUUCAACAAGUCCUGGGCACCAACAUUUCUUUCCAUGGACGUUGAUGGGCGUGUCAUCAGAGCUGACUCUUUUUCAAAAGUCCUCUCCUCUGGGUUGAGACUAGGGUUUAUAACUGGUCCAAAACCCUUGAUAGAGAGAGUUGUCUUACACACACAAGUUUCAACUAUGCACCCCAGCACUUUUACACAGCUUCUAGUAUCACAGCUUCUACACCAAUGGGGAGAAGAAGGUUUCCUGGCUCACGUAGAGAGGGUUACUGAUUUCUAUAGGAAGCAGAAGGAUGCAUUAGUGGCAGCUGCAGACAAAUGGUUAAGUGGUUUGGCAGAAUGGCAUGUUCCUACUGCUGGAAUGUUUUUAUGGCUUAAAAUUAAGGGCAUUUAUGAUGUAAAACAACUGAUUGAAGAAAAAGCCAUUAAGAAAGAGAUAUUAAUGCUUCCUGGAAAUGUUUUCUACGCUGAUACCUCAGCACCUAGCCCUUACUUUAGAGUGUCCUUCUCUUCAGCUUCUCCAGAACAAAUGGAUAUGGCCUUCCAGAGAUUAGCCCAAAUUAUUAAAGAAUCUUUAUGAAGAAACCUUUAUAGUACUCAUGGAUUUUUCAAAUAAAUUAUUUUUAUGAUUUAGCAGGAAGAAAUGAUCGUUGGCAUUAGACUUACAGGUUAGAUUUCAUCAAACGUGUCAUAUCUGUAGUAAUUUAACUAGAUGACUUUUAAAGUGCCCUUAAAUUCAUCAGAUUGCCAAAAUAUAUUUAUAAUCUACUUAUACCUUUUGAUAAAUAUUCAACCUGAAAAUUAUUUUUAUCCUGGAUUUUAUUGUAAAGAACUCUAGCUGCUCUAUGGUUUCCUAUAAAUUUUCCUUGAAACUUAACAUUUUACAGUAAAUUAUUUUGAAAAUGUAAGAAAAUAAAUUCAAAAUGGUAUAUAAUGUGAACUCUUUCUAUUUUUAGGAAAAUUUAAUGAAAGCUUGUUGCAAAAAUUGUUAGGAUUUGUCCAUUGUAAAUGAUUUUCAGUAAGAGGACUAGAGACAUUAUGUUGUACCAUAGAUAUCCCUUUAAAAUAAAAUUCUGAAACUAA